UCUAGAUGAAUCGGUAAAUACUAAAUACCAUUAAUCCUAUCAUUAAGAAACGGCGUAAGCCACACAAAACCUCCCAUAGUAACACGUUACAAUAUUUGCCUAAACAGACCCUCUCUAUUCUAUUUCAUUCCUAUCCAAAUAUAAAUAUAUUCUUCUUCUUAUAUCUCUCUCUCAUUUCUCUUCUUAAAAAAAAAAAACAGAAUCAAUCAUCAUGAAAAUAUUACUCUCUUUUUCUUGAGAAUCAAUAAUUAUAAUAUAAUUAUUCAAUCUCCAAUGACUAGCCACGUGAUCAUCCAUCCACAGCCGCCAAAGCGCCGUCAACGGCGCGGCGUCGGUGAAAUGGCUGGAAGCGGAGCCGCAGAGUGCGCCGCCGUUUGCUGCUGCUGUCCCUGCGCAGUUUUCCAUGUCGUUGUACUAGCUGUUUACUCCGUACCGGCGGGGCUUUUCCGUAAGGUAGUGCGUCGAAGACGACGCCGUUUAAUGAAAAACGGCGUCAAAGUUGAGAAAAACGACGUCGUUUUGUUGCAGCGGCAGAUGUCGAGCAGCGUCGCUGAUAACGUCAUGAGAGUUGAUUCGUUGGAGGAUCACUUCAUGAAGGAUCGUGCGGCGGAUGAGAAAUCGGAGGAAGUUGCGUUGGAGACGGAGAUGUGGUCCCGGUUCGCGGGAACCGGGUUUUGGAGAAGUGAUUCUCAGCGUCAACCCUAAUUUGAACAGCAAAACGGUGUCGUUUUGUGCUUAUAUGAUAAGACAAUCGAAUCCAACGGUGGAGAUCGUAAUUUCGGCAGAAGAUUCGUUUGUUUGAUUGGAAAUGGAAAUAGUAUAAGCCAAAUAAGAUAACGACGUGUUGAUGAUUGCGGAAAUAUCUAGAGUUUGUUUAGAUUAAUAAUAAUAAUAAUAAUAAUUAAUUUUGUGUUUGAAAAAGUUAUUAAAAGGUUUUGAUAAAAAAACUAAUGUAAAUAUUUUAUCUGAAAAUAAAUCCGGAAAAUUAUACGGAGGAAAAUAUGGGAAUGUAUAGGGCAACAUUCUCAAUUUCUUAUGCUUGUUUGCCCUAUCUGGGUAUAUGUAGCGUUUUGUAUCCCUUUUAGUAUUGCCAACUAUCAAUUGAGAAAAAUGUUUGUUUGGAUUGCAUAUAUGUAUGGUCAUUAUUAUAAAGAUUUUUGAAUCUGUAUUUAUUAUGUUA